AUGAAAUCGAGAAUCGUGGAAGAGAUUCGCCCCGUAGAAGAGACGCCUCCGCCGAAAAUUAAAAAGCCGAAAGGUCGGCAGAAAAAGAAAACUGUUGAAGAGGAAAUUCGACCGAUGAGCAAUGAUUUGCCACGAAAGCGGCAAAAAAAGGACCAAACGAAGAGCGAAAAUGACCCUUUACCAGCCGAGGCUAAAAGGUCCAAAAGUCGUAUUCCCGUAAGGAUCCAAAAAAAUCCGAUAAAGGAGACUACCGCCCAAAAAGGCCCGAAAUCGAACGAGUUGGCAAAUGUGAGAUGCCUUGAAUGCCACGCUGUCGGAACAGUGAUGAAAACGAUCCACGGAAUCGUCCUUUUUCCGAAUAAAGUUAAGAAAACUCUGCUCGAGCUGGGUGGAGGCAUUUUGAUGCCGAAUAUAAAGAAAGUGAAGCCGACUGUCAAGAUAGCCAAUAAGAAGGCGAAGAAAUUCGUGGAGGGGUUCAAUCAACUUGAAGACAACAAAGAGGACGAAGAAAACGACGGAUUAUUUCAGAGAUCGGUUAAAAGGGUCCAAAACUUCAGGGCACGAUUCGCCAGUGGGGUCAAAAAUGCAAAGGGCGAGAAAAAAUUUGAGCUUGUGAAGAUGAUUGAGCGAGAAAAGACGAAGACGCCGGCAAAGGACGUUCCUGAACGAUUCACGGGCUUCUUUUCCGACGAGUUUGAAAAAGACAACUUCUGGAAAUCGAAAAAACGCUUUUCGCUCCACGGCAACGCAACGAUGCCUCAAUUCGCCGUUUACAUGUUGUUCGGCUGCAUUUUCUGGGGUAUAGUCGUCGGAAUAACGAAUUACUAUUCGAUGCUUGCAGCUCGGAUUCAACCAACUUAUUUAACGAACGUUUGCCAAGCUGGCUUCAAAAACUGCACUGUUACGAACAAUAUGGACUACUGCGCGCAUUUGCUUCAUGAUUGCAUCGGAACUGGCAAUUUCACGCAACCGGCUGUAAUCAAAAUUCAGGGAAGACCAGUAGAGCCACCUCUUACCUUUACAGACAAAGAGAAUGACGUCAAUCAACAACGAUGCAAAAAACAAAAGUUCUAUGCCAUGUUUUUCAAAAUAACUCUUUAA